UGUUAAGCUACUCUUCUAUUCCCUGCCCUUGCUCUGUUUGUUGGCUUCUUGCUGCUUAGCCCUGAGGCAUCCGCGGAGUACAGCUCGUACAGAGACGAAUUAUGGUUGGCAAAAGGUCUCUCCCGCAGCCUCCGAAUAGCAGGACGAAGAGUUCUGGUCAGGUCAGGCCUAGAAGUAGAGGUCAACAAUACGGCAAUGGGGAUUUAGAAUCAGGAGCAGGAUAUGACAACUACGAAGGAUAUCGCGAGGCCAAUGGCAACGGGAAUGCCAGACCACGAGUCGACCUAACCAACGGCAUCAAAGGGCCCAAACCAGGAAUCUGGAGGUUCAAGGACGCAGCGAGGACAGCUCUAGAAGACAAGAGACGGGAAGAGUUGAAGAACAAGCUCUUGACUCAAAUCAAUCAUGAUGAGCUGGAAGAGUUUCGGAAAUCUGAUGAAGAGUUGAAAGCCAUAAAGAACAAGAAAGUCAGGAAAUUCUAUUCAGAGCAGAACGAUAGGCUCAAUGACUGGUUGGAGGUCGAUGCCAUUGUGAUGGCAGUCGCGGACGAUGUUCUGGAGAGCAUGGAUCCCGAUCCGGACAACGAUGGAACACGCGAAAGAGGAGGAGGAAUCCAGGACGUUGCUGGCAAUAUCUAUGAGCUCCUGCCUGAAGAGGAGAAGGAGAAGCGGGCGAAAGCUGAGAAACGAGCAAAAUGGGCCAUCAACGUAAACGUCAUUGCGAAUGUGCUACUCCUAGCAGGAAAAAUCUACGCAGCAUCGACAACCGGCUCCCUCUCCCUCAUCGCCAGUUUAGUCGACUCUGCGCUUGAUCUCCUCUGCACCCUCAUCGUCUGGUCCACCAACAAGCUCGUCAGCUGGCGAUUAGACAAACUCCAAAAGACCUUCCCCGUCGGUCGCAAACGCCUCGAACCCCUCGGUAUCCUCGUCUUCUCCAUCAUCAUGGUCAUCUCCUUCCUCCAAAUCCUUCAAGAAUCCGUGGAGAAACUCAUGCCGCUCAAAGGUGAAGCCGAACCUCUCGGGAACUAUGCCAUCGGCGCACUGGUCUCUACUGUGGUUGUUAAAGGAAUCAUCUGGUUCGGUUGCAUGCCAAUUAAAACGACUCAAGUCCAAGCCCUCGCAAAAGAUUGCAAAACGGACGUCAACUUCAAUACACUGUCACUCCUCUUCCCGUUAAUCGGAUACUACGCGGAUGUCUGGUGGCUAGAUCCCGCAGGCGCCGCAGUGCUAUCAAUCUUCAUCAUCGUAGACUGGGCCUCGACCUGCUUCGAAAAUAUCACGCGACUUUCAGGCCAGGCGGCCGACACAGAAUUUAUGAAGAAAUUAAUGUAUGUGGCUUAUAGGUUUAGUCCUGUGGUGGCGGGGUUCAAAAAUGUUACGGCGUAUCAUGCUGGAGAUGGAGUCUGGGUAGAAAUUGAUGUGCUGAUGGAUCCGCAUACGAAACUUUACCAUGCGCAUGAUAUUGCUGAGACGUUGCAGUAUUGUACGGAAGGGUUAGGCGAGGUUGAUCGGUGUUUUGUGACGAUGGAUUAUAGUUCUAGUGGGCCUACUGGGCAUGCGGAGGAUGCGGAGAGGGUGUGAGAUUAGCAUGUUGAUUGUGUACAGCAUUUUAUUUAUAUCAGGCUUCUGCACAG